AUGCCAUCCUCUUGUGAUAGUUUGUUGAGUCUCUCCAAAUGUGAUGACACUCUUGUACCACCCAAUCCUAGAGGCAGCAGCUUUUCAUGUCGAACUUCAGGAGGAACAGGCGACUUGGCACAAGCUCAAUGUCAUCUGGAAACUCGAGAGCUUUGGCAAAGGUUCAACGAACUUGGCACUGAAAUGAUUAUUACAAAAUCUGGAAGACGGAUGUUUCCUGUAAUGCGAGUGUCCUUCACAGGACUGAGACCAGGACAAAAGUACACUGUGUUGAUGGACAUUGUUCCAGUGGACAACAAACGCUAUCGAUACGCCUACCACCGAUCCAGUUGGUUGGUGGCAGGCAAAGCUGAUCCCGAAACCACCGAUCAACAACGACGACGUCGUCGGUGUUACCUGCAUCCUGAUGCACCUUUCACUGGCGAACAGUUGGUGCGACAGACAGUGUCUUUUGAAAAACUCAAAUUAACCAACAACCUUCUUGACAAGCAUGGCUAUAUUAUUCUCAAUUCAAUGCACAAAUACCAACCACGAAUCCACUUGGUGCGACGACCGAGAUGCGGUUUCUCAUCCGACACACUCACUUCUCUGCCGGCGGAGGAGAUAAAGACAUUUGAAUUCCCGGAGACUGUCUUUAUUGCAGUGACCGCCUAUCAAAAUCAACUUAUAACUAAACUUAAAAUCGACUGUAAUCCAUUUGCUAAGGGAUUCCGUGAUUCAUCGCGUCUAUCCGACUUUGAACGCGAAUCGAUGGAAAAUCUCCUGGCCUCUCAACAUUCCAGUGGGAUGAUCUCAGCUUUGACGACAGGACAUAUGAGAAGUGCUUCAACAUUGAGCACUGCCCACUCACAGUCGGAUCACAGUCCCUCCUUUUCCUCUACCUUUGCUACCAUCACUUCAGCUAACUCAUCCAACUCGUUGACAAGUUUCAUGCAACACAUGCUGACCUCAUCACUGAUCCAUCGUGAGUUCCCCCUAAAUCCUCCUCUUCCAUCCAACUCUGCGAUGGCAAUGCUGGCCUACCUCCAAUUGGUCCACUCCUUAAGUGGACACGACAGCAGCCAAUCAGAGUGGACCGACAGAGAUUCGGUCGCCUGA